AUGAACUCGAGCGAUAUGAACUCGGGCGAUAUGAACUCGAGCGACACUGGAAAAACAGUGCCAACGACGCAGCCUCCACCCUUCCGACUUUCCGACUUGCCUACUGAGCUUCAGCUGAUCAUAUUCGAAUAUGCCGUCAGCACGGACGAGAACCUGUUGGUCAACCUUCCGUGCGCCAGCUAUUAUGGCACCUUCCCCGAUGACAACUGCACGGUUGAGGAAAUGUUGAAGGUUCAAGCACUGCAGUCACCCCAGCAACCAGCUUUAACGCGCACAUGCCAGAGCAUCCGCAGCGUUACAAUCCCCAUGUUCUACAAGCUCAACAACUUUGGGUCUUGCUACUGCUACAAGGAUUUCAUGCAGCUCGCCUGUGGCUGGCUGCGGGCAAUUGGUUGGAAGAACCGCGCGAUGAUGAAAUCAUUCACCUUCUUUAGCAAUGACGAUGGCAUGGGUGGUACUUACCCUUACCUUUACCGCCUUGUCGAUGAUAAAGACCUCAAGGCGUUGCUACGGAGCACUGCUUGUCGUGACAUGGGCGGCAUGAUCGUCAGCACCUAUUCUGUGGGCAAUUGCGCGCACGCAGUGAAAUUCCCGCUGGAAGAAGAGGAUCCAAUGGACGGACUCGAGCUCGAUCUACUGUUUGGGAGCACCGCAGAUGAAGGAGUUACGGGCUAG